AUGGAACAAGUUCCACCGCCGAAGCGAUUCACAAUGCCAUCCAUCACUCCAUUCAAGGGGGACUUUGACCCUGAAAGCCAUUUGAGGCACUUCAAGAGCCCCAUGAUCUUGUACAAGGCAGACGACGCCUUGAUGUGCAAAAUCCUGGCACAAGUGAAGGAUAAGCCGUGGGUGAGAAGACCGUCAUCCUUGAGGACAGACCCCUUUAGGAGGGACACCAGUAAACACUGUGCAUUCCAUGGGGAGCGCAGUCAUUACACAAACAACUGCAACGCCUGGAAAAGGCACCUUGAGGAGCUGGUCAGAGAUGGUCAUUGCACAGAAUUCGUAGCAAAGAAGGCCAUCCAGCAGAUCGAGGAUUGUGAUGUGGCUGCCAAGGAACCUCCCCAAAAGGUUAUACGGAUCAACACCAUUCUAGCUGACUCCCAGGAGUCCCGGCUGACCACCAAGGAGCGCAAGAGAAAGAUCGUACAGGUGACUUAUGUCUCCCAAGUCACAACAGGCGUACAAGUCAUUGCGGAUACACCCAUCAUCAACUUUCAGAAAAAGGACUUGAUCGGGCUUGAUCUACCGCAUAAUGACGCCCUAAUAAUCUGCAUCCAAAUUGAACAAGCUGUGAUCGAGCGAGUUCACGUGGACUAG